AACCUUACUCUCAAACCACCUCAACCUUACUGCCUGCAAUAUGGCUGCUGCUGCUGCUGCAGCUUCAACUGCUUCUUUUACUUCUUCGAAGCAAAUUGUAUCGACUCCAAGUAACACUACUAGUACCUCACUUUCAACACAUGGCAAUAGACACAUAGAGGAGGAGGAGCGUUAUUAUAAAGCUUGAUCAAAGAAGGGAUAGUCUGAAGAAGUCCAUGUACAGAUGCUGUUCGUAUUCAUUGGCAAAACUCCUCACAAUCAAGUGUCUACGCAACCCAUUUCAGAAAAUUGUACACAAAUUAGGUGUUUGAAAAAUGAAACCACUUGUACAUGAGAGCUACUACUUUGAUGGGUGCAUCUCUGCGGAGAUUUCAUUCAACUAAGCGAAAAUUUGUUAAGGCUAGAGGAAAGGUAAUUGCCGCCGCUGCUGCUCCAGUUGCAAUAGCUCCAGUUGAGGAAGUUAAAGAAUAUGUACUUCCGACAUGGGCUGAAUUCGACCUUGGAAGAGCUCCAGUCUACUGGAAAACUAUGAAUGGUCUUCCUCCUUCUUCAGGAGAAAGGCUGAAGCUAUUUUAUAAUCCAGCUGCUGGCAAACUCGUUCCUAAUGAAGAUUACGGAAUUGCUUUUAAUGGAGGUUUCAACCAGCCCAUCAUGUGUGGUGGUGAGCCGAGGGCGAUGCUGAAUAAAGUUCGAGGGAAAGCUGAUCCUGCUAUUUACACAAUCCAAAUUUGUAUCCCCAAACAUGCUGUAAGUUUGAUAUUCUCAUUCACAAAUGGAACUGAUUGGGAUGGUCCAUAUAGACUGCAAUUUCAAGUUCCAAGAGCUUGGCGUAAUAAACCAAUAGAUUUCUUCGCCGAGGGGCUUGCACAGGAGUUGAGUAAAGAAGGUGCAUGCGAAAGAGCAAUUUUCCCGGACACUAGUAUCAUCGCUACAAGAUGUGCCAUGAUUGGUAACUUAUCGGUCGAAGGAGGUGACCGCUGCAAUCUUGAUCUUGUACCUGGAUGCACCGAUCCUAGCUCACCCAUGUAUGAUCCUCUAGCCAAUGUGGAUGAUGGCUCUUGCCCUUAUUCUGAUUUGGAGGAUUAAAAUCGCGGUUCGUUGCUCGUCUUUGCAUCGGUAUCGUGUUUUAUAAUGUGUCGAUGGCCUUGUAUGUCUUUUAUAGAUACUAUCAAACAAGGCUGCAAGUAAUCUUAUAGAUUAAAUGGUGAAUCCAAUCCUGUACAGUACAGAACAUUCUUGCAGUUUAAUAUUCAAAAAAAUGAUGAUUAUAAUCUAUAAUGACUUUAUUUACA